AUGUCUUUCUUCGGCUUCGAUCCCCUCGGCCCCAGCGCGCACAAUUCGUCCGCCCCUGGCUUUGGCCAACCGUAUGAUUCAUUUGCCGGCCUCUCUGGCCAGCAUGGCGAUGGCGAAGAUGCUAUCGACUUCGAAGAUACCUAUGACGGGCUUUUAGACGAUACUGCCGAUGCCGACAAUGACGUUACUUUUGGCGACAACUCGGUUGGAGAGGAUGGCUCCAAAACGGUUGGCGGAGAAAAUCUUUCUGAGGCCGAGCGUAAACAACUCAAUUACAGUGAAUGGACUGCUGGUCGUGCCAAUGAGAUCGAGGAGGAGCAUCUCCGUUUCAACCGAUCCCAGCCAACCGCACGAGCCAGCGUUUCGCAGCACCAGAGCCAGCCUGCUGCCGCUCUCGGCCAAUCGUAUGCUCAGCAGUCAUAUGUUCAACAGCCUUAUGCACAGCAGUCAUAUGGACAGUCUUACUAUGCAGAGCCGGUGCCUAUUCGCACCGGCUAUGAAAAGUACCGUGAACCUGAGCCUCUACCUGAUCUGCAUGUCGACCAGAGCAUCUGGGGUAUUGGCCCCUCCAAGGCAGCUGCUGCCCCGAAACCGGCUCCUCAACCAGCCCUAUCUAGCAGUGUCGGCAGGAAGAUGAUGAGCUUGGAAGAGGUUGAGGCAGCCAUGCGCGCGCAGUCAAAGCCAUCGACACAGCCAGUCAUCUCGGAGCUUGCUGCGCAUCAGCAUACUCCCAGCUACUCUCCUGUUCAGCAUGCCUCUCCUCUCCCUCAACACGGCCACGCGCAACCUGUCGCCAUCUUACAGCGACCCCAAGCCUCACAGGCCAAGGUUACACCCACUCCGGCGGCCAAGCUGCCUGUCCCUCCCGGGCAGCAUGACCAGCACAACAACUUUCAACGACAGCCCGUCCCCCCAGUUCAGCCCAUGCAAAUUCUCCAAAAUCCCAACCGUUUGUCGACUGAUGUCUCUCGUGCGGCUGUUGACCAAGAAUACUCCCAGCCGCCAAGCCUUGCCUCUACACUGGCGCAAAUGCGCGAUCAUCCUCAAACGGCCCACAUGUCUGAGGAAGAAAAGGCAGCAUAUUUGGACCGCGUGACGAAGAACGCGAAGCGCGAACAUAAGAUUUUGCUUCUCUCCAAGUAUGAAAGAGUGAUGACUGACACAGACAAGAAAUUCAUCUCUCGUAUCCAGCUCCAGCAGCUCGUUUCCGCAACUGGUGACCCUAUCGAGCAGAGUUCCGACGCCUCCCUGUCCGGAGACUUUUACUAUCAAGUCUAUAGCCACAUCCGUGCCGGCCAGCAUCGAGACCCUCACCAACCGCUUAGCAAUUUUGCCCAGACCUAUCUUUUCCAGACUGGUGGCCGUCAUGGCAACAUGCGCCGCCAUGGUAGACCUGCUGAGAAUCACAUUCAAAGAAUGGAACAGCAGGUCCAACGGGCUGUUGAGGCGGCCAAGAACAAGCCCAAGAAUCCUCAGCUCGUAAUUGCCGGCAGUCUGGGGAAGAUCUCCUUCAGCAAUGCCAAGACUCCAAAGCCUCUACUCAAUAUCAAGCGUAACGCGGAGAACGAAGCUCACCAUCGCCGGGCUGGCAGUGAGAGGAAAUCACCCGCUAGCAGCCUUGAUCGCAGGACUAUCUUGCACAAUGCCGAGAAGGUCUACGUUACCUUGAUGCAGAUUGAAGACCACGUUCGGCGCAUGCCACCUCCUCUUACCAACCACGCAGACCAGGCGUUGCAGGGAAAGCAUCGAGAGUGGAACACGGCACUCGAGUCUCUGAAUGCCCGACUCUGGGAAGAACUCAAGGUACACGAGCCCAUAGGAGUCAUCGUUCCUCACCCUUUUAUUGCUUUCUUGUCCUGCGAUAAGGGCAAGAAGGCUAUUCCCCGGAUUUUUCCUCACCUCAGCUUCGAGCAACGGACCACGAUUAUGACGAUGAUUGUUUACCAUCUCGACCAGCUGGACGUCGUGAGGGGAGCGGCUGUAUCUGAUGACGAGAUUGUUUUGAACAAAACGAUGUGGGAGAAUAUUGAUUUGUUCAUGUCGACUGUCAUGCCAUCGCUCAUGCAAUUCAUCAAUAACACCGGGCUUGACAUUGUGGAGGGCAUGUUGAACCUAAUAGCCACAAACUUGAACCUUGAUGCCAUUGCCAAAACCAGGGUUGGAGUUUCAAUGCUCACCCUGAUUUUCAGCCGUGCUGAGUCUAUGAAGCAGAAUGGUGACGGUACCCCUGUACAAUGGGAGAAGUGGGACCAAACAUACGAAACCCUCUUUAGCCGCCUAGAAGGGUCGCUGCCCUACAUGUUCCCCGGCAGCAUCGAUUCCGGAUCAGAUAUUCUGGCCUGGCAGCUCCUUGCGACUCUAGGUCUUUGUGCCCGCAACGAACAUGAGACUCGUUUGGUCGUUGCGGUCAGAGACCGUGUCAAUGCCACCGUUGCUCUGGCCAAGACGCUUCCUCCCACAGAAGCAAGGGAGCGGCUUAACGGCGUCGACUUAUUCCUACGCUCCAUUAAGCUACGUGUGGAAGACUUGAUGUAA